UAAAGAGAAGAGAAGCGAAGAGAGAGAGAGAGAGAGAGAGAGAGAUGUGGGUCCCACCUUCUCUUCCUGUUUGCUGCUUUGUUUGAGAAUCAAAGGGUUUUUCUUUCUUCCCUUUGCUCUUCUGUGAAAAUCAUUACACCCUUCCAUUCAUCUUUCUCGAAGAGAAAAAAGAAAAGAAAGAAAAUCUCUUUCAGAUUCUUUAUACAGCUCUCUCUGAUCAGCUUUUCCCCAAAAAACUAUGUCAGAUUCCAGCAAUUUGCACAAUACCCAUCUCCUCUUUUGAUCCAAUCUCUCCCCCAAAAUCCCCAAAUCUAGGGUUUUUAUAGGGUUUUACCCCUCCUACCAUGAGACCCAAGCUCUAUUGGGUUGAUCACAGUAUCACUUGAUCUCUCGAUUCCCUCUGACUUUCUGCAGAAUCCGGCAUCUGGUUUUUUCUAUCGGGGCCUUUUUGAUAGGAAAGCUAUGUCUUUUCAGCCGAUUCCGGGUUCGGGAUCGGGUUCCGGAUCAAGCUCGAAUUCGGGCUUCCAGUUCUUGAAUUCCCCCUUUGGGGACACCACCUACACCAAAGUUUUUGUUGGGGGUUUGGCGUGGGAGACGCAGAGUGAAACGAUGCGUCGGUACUUCGAGCAGUUUGGGGAGAUUCUCGAGGCGGUUGUGAUCUAUGAUAAGAACACCGGGAGAUCAAAGGGCUACGGUUUUGUGACUUUCCGUGAUCCCGAUUCAGCAAGGAGGGCAUGUGCUGAUCCAAGUCCUGUUAUCGAUGGCAGACGGGCAAAUUGUAAUUUGGCUUCGCUUGGCCGGCCUCGGCCGUCUCCACCUUACGCAGGGCGACUGAGGUCGGCAAGCCCACACUUUGGAGCUGUGCAAGGUCCUCGGGGGGCCUACAUUGGAAAUCCAGCCUAUCAUCAGCCAGUUUCUUACAGCUACCAACAAGGAUUUGCAUAUUCUCCAUAUGGGUAUGCGGCAUAUGGACCCGAGUAUGUGUAUCCACAGAAUGUUUACAGUCCUUAUAUGGGGCAGCAAUACCUUCAGAUAUAUGGCAUCCCAGGCACAGUUAACACAGCCGUUUACCCAUUUGGGCAAUUGGGUCAGCCUCUUCCUAGUGGGCACAGCUAUACAGCACUUCCAAGUUAUGCAAUGCCAGGUCAUCACAUUGUGCAAUUUAGUGGGCCGAAUGUUAAUGGAGCAACUGCUGCACCCCUAACUGCUGUUCAAGCCCCCUAUCCCGCAGGUGUAGUAGCGCCAGUUCCGGCACAGCCACAGUUCAUAGUUCCUGCUCAUUCUCCGCAGUUCACGCAGGGUAGUGGCUCAGACCAAACGGCAGGUUGAGAGGAACGUUGAGAUGAUUAACAUCUUGAGGUAUCCUUAGAUUGCAGCAGGACUAAGAGCAGCAGUUUGCUACUUGAGUGGCGGGCUUCAAAUCUAGCCUUGCAAGUUAUCAUCUUUGCAUUCUAGAGGUCAUCCAUAGUCAUGGUCACCAGAGAUACCACAAAAGUCGAUGUCGAGUGGCUCCGACUGACUCUCAGAGCCGGAAGCAGAAAGAGCGCCAACUGCUCUUUUUCAGCCGUCGUAGUGUCUGUGUAAAAUCCUCGUGCCCUGCCGGGAGCCUGGGAUGGCCCGCGGAGGGCAUGGACUGAUGGAUGCCGGAAUUGGGUUCCGACAACCUUACCUGUAGGAAUGAUACCAUAGAUUUCAAACAUAGAAUCCAAAAACGAUUCUUUUCUAAACUCCGGUCCACGGGAUUGGAUGUAUAGAGUCCUUGUGUUUGUGUGGUUUUUCUGGGGGCGGGUCUCCUGCACUGGUGUUCUUAACCAAGUGUCUUGUGGAUAGCACAGCAGUGAUUCUUGGAAUCUCUGCGUUUUAGUGUCUUCCUUCUCUUUAUAAUACUGGAAACUUUGUAAUUUGGGCAUCCCUGGAAGCGUCUUUGACUCGUCGGGGAAGCAACGGAAAUUUAGAGAAUUUGAUAUUUUCCUUAUAUUAGCUCAGAUUGAUGAUUUUAUCUAUCCCAAGGUUCUGCUGUGGUUCUUUUC